UGAGUGCAGCUUGUCGGGAAAAUUUCCAAGUGCUUGCUUCCAUAGCGAUGACGCUUCGUUGUUGCUAAGAAACAAACAGUGCCAUUUGUUUAGUGCUAACUGAGUUAGGAGUUCAGUCUAAUCCUUGCUAAAAUCACUUAUGCCUCCAAACUCUUUGGUGAUUGUGCGAUAUGGCCCGUAUGAAUCGUGUGGCACCGUGGAAUACCGAACUUUCCGUCUGGAGGGCCUAGAAGCCGCCUUGACAGAGGAUGGCCAUCGCUGCGUCCUCGAGAAAAUACAAGACUGGAACAAAGUGGAGCUUGUUGUCAAUGGUGAAUGUGUUUUUGCAUGCAACAUACGGGAUCUUGAAUUUGGAGGAGAUGGCAGACUGGAUCCACUUUGCCAGGACGCGAAAAGCGCUGUGAAGGACGCAUACUGAGCGGCUGGGUGGAAAUUCCUGCAUGUUUUAUCCGUAUAUAAUCAGAGGAAUCUUUUAUACAAUAUAAAAAUUAUAUUUUUUGUAAAAACGAAACGAAACAAAACACAAGGGAAUAAGUAGAAUGCGAUUUCAGAUGUUAUGACUGUUAACUCAUCCUGUAUAAAGUAAAACUUUUAAAAUUCAGCUGCUUAGCCUACCUCAAAACCUUUCAUCUGGUCUGUCAAUGUCAUCUCUUCACGCAGAUUCCAGGCUGCAAUUCAGGUAAUGGAGAUGCAUCUAAACUUCAUUUUAAAAAUCCAAGUAUUAAAAAGGAAUGCAGUUGCUAGUUGCAGAUUUGCUGGCUGUAUGCAGACACUGGAUCAUGUGCAUACAUCAUAACUCAUCAAAAAGUUUACAGUAGACCCUUGUAUAACACAAAGAUACUUUGUUUUGUCUUUUUUUUUGGUCAUUUUGUUGGUCACUGAAGUCACAAAACAGUUUCUGAAGACGCAAAGUUGCAUGGAAUUGCAAAUGGACUGAAUGCAGGUCAGAACAGAGUGGUGUGUGCAACAUGCAGAUAAACGCACAAGGCUGCGGGCAUCACCAGGAGGAGGAGAGAUGGGGCAGUAAUGUAAACACUGCCAAUACUUCAGCAUCCCAGCUGGAGCUUGUACACAGAACACCUGGUCAGGGAAAGGCCACCAAAAAAGACGCAAAAUCACACAGGCACCCACAAGGUCACCAAAUGACCAUGUUUUAUUGCUGUUUCAGAAAAAAGUAAAGGUGUACCUGCAAGUAAUGACAAAUUUACCCUGUAACACUCAUGGCAGAGAUCAUUUAUAUUUUAGAUUUAAAAGCUAUUUUACAUUAUUACAUAUUUUAUAUUAUUAAAAUGUACUGUCAUAAACAUAAAGCAAUAAUUUCUUCAAAGACAUUUACUAAGUAACAUGUAGCAGAACUUGUUUUCUCAUGAUAGGUACAGUUAAAUAAGUCUUAUUCUCCCACUGCUUGAAUAUUUAUUGAAUCUAUAUAUUCAAAUGUAACCUAUGUGUAGGUACGUUUAUUAAAUUAAUUAUUAUAUUGUAUCUUUUCGAAUAUACAUAUUAUAAUUAUGUCAUAAUUGGUAUGGAUACAUUUUCAGAAAAAGACAGAAUACAUAGCCACAUCUACAAGAAAAUCAUUUUACUUGUGAAAAAGUGCAAUUGAUGAAUGCUGACCCUGCUAAAGCAAUACAGUGACUUUAACUUUUAAGAUUAAUAAUCCACAUUAAAAACGGGAAAGAAAAUGAAAUAAAUGUUCAUAGUUAAUAUUUAGCUAAUAUUUAUCACCUUAAACUAUUGUAUCAACUAUAUAUAGGUGAUAAUAGAGGCUUUUUACAAUAAUUUAUAUCAUUUUUAUAAAUAUAUCUGCUCAAAAAUAAAGCCUGCUAUUUAUUUUUAUAUAAUUGCAUGCAGCAUGGGCUCUCGAUGCUAUGCAAAUAUAGUGAAUAAGCGAAUACCGUUCCUAUAAUUGAAUAGAAAUAUCAGCAUUGUGAUAUUCUGUGCUACAUUAGGAUAUGAAUAAAACAAUGAACCAGCACUGCUUCAAAUGAUUUUGGAGUCACCCAUAUCAAGCUUGUUUCAAACAAUUCAUCCUUAACUUAAAAAAAACAGGUCUUUAAUUCCCCAGGGUUAAUUUGAGUUGAGACUACUUUGAUUGUUACUGAACUGUGUGCAGAAAAAAUGAACUCUUACAGUAAUUUGUAAGUUACACACAGAAUGUUUCUUUUUGCUUAAAACUAUGCUUUACAUGAAUAUGCAUAUUUAAUUGAUUGUCUAGUUAAGUUUAUAUAAUUGCUGCUUUACUUUUAUUUGUUUUACUGUUUUACAGCAUGUAGUUGUACUCUGCUCUUCAUGAUUAAAUAUUGUUUACUCUUCA